GCAGAUUCAGCUGUUUUUCCUAUUAUCAACUGUUGAUUGCAUUGUUCGCCCACACAGAGGCGUAACAAAGAGAUGUAAAAAGCCAGCAGAACAUUCCAAAAACUCCGCCCAUCAAGAUGCAUUCCGCCCAGGCGCAGGCUCAAGCCCGCGAUAAGAUCUUUAAGAACUGGACGGGGAUCAGUGAGGUGACCAUCAUCAAGGAGGUGGCCACCAAGGGCGAGCACAUCGAGCUGUGCAUGGAGUACUGGGCGCAGAAGAGAAAGAUCCCCGUCUCGGAGUACCGACAUUACUUUUACGAUGUGGUGCAGGCAUAUGUGCAGCGCCUUCUUUCCGAGAGACUCGUUUGCAAGGCUGAGGAUGUGAUCCGGAAUGUGGACCGGGAUGUCAAAUGCUUCUUCUUUCAGUUCGCCUGCGAAUGCCAGGAUGAGGAACUAAGCGAGUUUGUAUUGGAUCACUUACGUAAUAGGGAACCGUUAAUGUACGAGCAGGAGGAGCCAGUACUGGCCUAUCACUGGUCUUUGGUACAGCAGCUCCGGGAGUGCGAUUCUCUAAUGGACAAGCACCGGAUGGAGUUACCUCGUGUCCACAUUGAAGCGUUGAUGACAUUACCAGAGGAGACAUUGCAGGUGCUUCUCGUUGAACUUUACUUCGUCAAUGGCAACGAAUCCUUGCUCGGAUCUCUUUCCAAAGAAUUAGUCUGGCAGCACCUGGUGGAUAGUGACCAACACACGAAGCUUCAGCGCUGGUGCCGGUGUCAGGAGGAGGGUUUCGAGGCCGAAGAAUCGCUCUCACCCUUGGAACAGGGCUUUGUGGCCUGGAAAAUAGAUGUCACCAUGUACGAUUAUGCUCUUCUGCAACUGAAAAAUCCCAGCGAAGUCCUACGAAAUUUCUUUGCCCGCGCAGGAUACUUUUUUUCGGAUGAAACCGGAGAUAUUCCAUCUCUUCUACGCCGCCUGUGUACCAUGGAGUGUUUGGGAAAACAUGCAGAUCUUCUAAGCCGUCAGCCUUUAGCCAAAUAUUUGUUGGAUCGUGGCCAGUAUUCUCUGCUCCUCAUGCAGUGUGUGCCUGUAGCUUCGCUGGAACUCCUGGCGGGCACAGAGACACAGCAGGAAGCUCUGAUUAACCUUAUCAUAGAUCUAAAAACCAAUUCCUUGACCGACAGCGAGGGAUUCGAGUUGAUUUCCAAAAGCGUCCAGGCGUACUUGGAGAAAACUCAUAAUACAGCCGACUCCUUUGAAGGGCAUCCCUUGUUAACCUUCUACGACUUUCUGGGUCAGGAGCCAAGUGUGCCCUCCCUAGAGGGAUUCCUCAGUUCGACCAGCUUGGGUCGCGUGCCCUAUCUCAAAUCACUGAUUGCUCGAUUCGAUCACGGCCCGACAAGCAGCAGUACCGGCCUGCCAACAGCACACGAUCUCUUCCUAAAGUUCAAGCAGGUUAAUCUACCGCUUCUGGCCGCCGCUGGACAUGGGGAACUGGUCAACUUCUCAAAUGCGCGCCUCUGCCAGCGUUACGCUAGAAAAUCUCAACUGAACUACACCCAUUAUCUAAAGCAGCAGAGAAGUGCAUAUGCCGUUUAUUAUCUGAUCACGGAGCAGCUUCAGCUUUAUGGCCAGAUUACCAAGACACAGCUUUUCCACGCCUGUGAGACGGUAACCCAAAUGGCAUUGCAACACGCCGGCGAUGAGGAACUAGUAACCCACUGCGUAGCCUGCUGCGAGAUGCUGGGCUUCGAUACCCAGCCACUAAGGAGUUUCCUCCUACUGCAGAGGAAGCUACCGAAGCGUCGAAGCGGAAAAAGUUACUCCGAAUUGCUGGGUGAAUGGGAACGAGAUAUAGUCGAACAUUUGGAUGCGAAUUCCAAGGAGUUUCCUUUGGAGCUUUAUCAGUCCCUUAUGCGUCUGGCUGUCAGAGACACUCCUGGAAAACUUCCAGUAACUUUGCUCGAAUACUAUGCCUCCAGAAAUGACUGGUGGCAUUUGCUGCUCAUAUUUCAGUACUUUGAUCUGCCCUUAAACGAACUCAAGAAGCUAUUGCCGCACUUUAAGUCAUCUUCUAUCGGUGUGCAUCUGCUUCGCGCAUUGAGUUAUGAAUCCUCUGGCGAUCGUCAGCAUAAGAGGAGCUUCCAAAGACCUCCUCGUCGUAGCGGAGAAACCCAAACCAACUCCUCACAGGAGACGAUGACCAACUCUUCGCACAGUUCAAAUCAAGAUACCAGCAUGCAACAGCUUCAAAGGAAUACAGAUCAAUCCUUGUGUACUUUGCUAACACACACACCUAGGCAGGAUAUAUUUGCAAUUAUACUGUGCAGUACCAAUAGUCUCCCAAAUGAGAUUAUUCUUACCACAGCUGAGUUUCUGGAAAUGAUGAGUGGCAAUAAUCCGCAUUGUAGUAGCAUAAAUCUCUUAAGGCACUGCAUCCGACAGGAGAUUCCUGUCUUGGCUGUGCUGGCAGCUACACUCAGCGAACAAAACCGGGAUUGGUGCUGGUUCGUUUGGCUCUCGGUGGCCAGCGGUCAGUGGAAUCAGCAGCUACAGGAAGCCUCCAAGGUGCGAGAGGAGAAUCGAUCGGAGUGGGUGUGGUCUGUCAUUCGUGGAGCUGUAGCUGGUGGACAUGUGAAUGCUCUUCUACACAGUCUAGAAAUAUUUCAACCGGACUGUAAAUUUACUCAUCUAUGCCGUUUCCUCCAUCUGACAGCCCACCAGGAGGACUUCAGCGAUGCCACAAUAGUGGAGCUACGACAGUACUUUUUUAACUGGAGCCAGAAUUCAAUCACCCUGCCUCUCUGUGGUUCUCUGCCCAAAAACCAAGUUAUGCAACGUUCCAUUGGAUUGCUGCUCAUCCAACUGCAGUCCAAUUUUGAUUGCAUUCUGCAGCAACAGCGUUUCCUCGAUUGCAUCUGUCGCUCGGAUGUGGGCGAUAUUUGUGACUUGCUGGAUUUCUGUCUUCUACAUAAAGUUUUCGGAGUUGCAGCCACCUCGCUGCGUGAGCUAUCCAUUGAUCUAGAGCAGCUGGUGAGGAGGGAUAGCACAGAGUACAGACGGCUGGUGGAUGCCCUUACUGAAGCUCGCGCUUAUGACAAGGCCCUUCAAUUGGCAUCGUUAUUGCAGCUGCCGUUAAGUGAUAUUGUUUAUGGCAAGUGGAUGGCUGAACUGGAAGCUGGAGAAUUAAGACCCCACAAGGAGUAUGAAAUGGAUAUUCAACAGCAUGCUCUGGCCCCUGCCAUACUUGUAAACUUCCUAUUGCAAGCAGCUUCCUCCGUUGGCCAAGUGGGUCUUCAACGAUAUGAGCUUCUUCAGAGUACACUUGGCGUAAUCAAACAGCACCAUUUGUUCCCAAAUGAAUCAUUCGAUCGCGAUCAGAUCGAGUACGAUAUGGUAUUGUGCUAUCUGCAGCUGCCCGAGGAUCAGAUCUCUCAGUUAUCCAUUUACCACUCGGAGUACUUUGAGCAAAUUAUGCUCCAAGAACGAUGUGUUCUAUACAAAUCCUUCUCGGAACUCAAAGAACUGGCCGGAAUAGAUGACCUUAGCAUAUCUGAUAAAACUCAGCUAACUUCAGAUAUGGAAGCCAGACUUAAUACUUUAUUAAACACACUCCUGGAUGAAGGCGACAUUGUGGAGGCCUUGCGUCUACAAGAGCUUUUUGAAUUCCGACCGAAUGACCUUCGAUUUAUUGUAUUUGCAAUGGCUCUAGCCGAGGGCAUGACAAGCAUAAGUAAUCUGUCGAGCAAGGAACGCCAGCUGCUCGGUGAAAUUGAGAAGAGUGCGUUUCCGAAGUUCAACCGGAUUACUCUGAACCAAAAUGUUAUGACCCGCUGGGAAAGUGAUCUAUCUGAUAGCUGUUCGGAUAGUGUGGCGAUGGAGUUCGAAGAGAUUCCUUCCAAGGAGAAGCAACAAACGCUGGACACCUUAUUGGGCAUUGGAUCAAAACUGAAAUAUGGUAUCGAGCUUGGUAGACGGAUUGUUUUGGCUUACAGGGCAGCAAUGUAUCUGGACAAGGAGUAUCUGGAUGUGCUGCGUACCAAGGAUGCUGGCAUCCUUUUGAAGAGUGCCGCUGCCGAAGAUUGCCUGCAGCGUCUACUGGUGGUCAGUGAUAUACAAAUAUCCACACGGAUGACACCAAAAGAAAUUGCUGAGUGUUUGGCUCUGGAGCUAACCACCUGCAUCGUGCGUCCCCGGUUUUAUAUUUUCCAUGCCAGAGAGCAACCAAGAAAUGCUUUAAGGAACGCUGAUCUCUGGGGCCACAGCAUUGAUCGAGACUUCCACUUGUUCCUAGAGCUGGUUCCCAAUUCAACUAUGUUGGGUAAUUGUCUGCUAGAGUAUUGUGAUGCUUUGAAGAUCUAUCGCCGCUACCAGGAAGGUAAGGUCUUCGAGGAGACCGAAGCCUUCGAGAAUCUUUCAAAGAUAAUUGAACUCUAUGGAUUGCCCACACCAACACCUACUGGAACAUUGUCAGGCAUUCCUCAGGUUCUGUCCCACAAAAAACAGAAUCAAAUUUACGUUGAGCUAUUGAUUAAAGCUCACCUGUGUUUUGUGCACGAGUGCUCCAUGGAAGGCAUAGUAACUGUUCUCCAGAAAGCUAAAUCACUCAAUGGGCAACUGGCAAAGGCAAAGUCCUGGUCGCUAAUUGUUCGAAUGUUAAUUGGAAUAGCACGUUACCGCGAGAUGUUCUACUGCUUUGAUUCGCUUAUUGAGAACGAACAGUUUGAGUCCUUGCUGGGACAGUUCGAUGAGGAUCAGAAAGGAGGACUUCGGCAGGGAAUUCUAAGCUACCUAAGGGAAUACCAACCAAAGAAUGGCAAAGAGUUGCUUCGACUGGCAGCCUUGCACUUUCUUAUGUACAAAGAAUUGGCCGAAAUGUGGACCACUGAAGCCCAGGAGAUUGUUACCAAAAUUCAAGCUCUGGCCGAGCAGUCCAAUAAGCUGAAAUGCUCUGCAGAGGUUCAAACACUUUUGCAGCAGGCAUUAGAAAACUAUACUCAUGCUACUGAGAACUAUCUGCUAGACAACAAACUCCUGCUGGCCCAGCAAAGUGUUUCCCGAGCGGAGCUGAUGGCCAUGCAGCUGGAUCUCUGCAACAAGGCACUGGAGAAGCGGCACGGUAAUAACACCAACCAUAUGUGUGUAAGCGUGAUUGGAGUGAAGUCAAGGGAACAGUUUCGGGAACUGGUCAACACCCAUCUUAGUGUUCCGCAAACUCUGAUUCUGGGUCGUGCCUACGGUUAUGAUAUUAACUGGAGCGAAGCCAUCUUGUCCCAAUUUGUUGUGCUUCAGGUGGGCACCUAUCUGCAGGAGUAUCUGUGCCAUCAGCGCAUCAAUGACGAUGUGAUUGAACAGGUGGUGAAGGGUUACUUGCUGCACAUCCAAAGUCAUGCCACAAACUCAAAACAGGAGGAGUCGCUGGCCCAACUGGUGGAACUGAUCAAAUCAGUGAUUCUCAAAUACAAGUUGGCUUCCAUUUUGGGAUUUAAGGCUAUUGUAAUGUCCCUAAUCAACGAAUCCCCAGUUUACUAUCUGAGAGAUACAAACUUCGGACGCAGCGAAUUCCACCCUGCAGGAGAUACGUGACAUAUAUACCAUUGUGAUCUUAAACUGUUUAUAUACAACAAAAUUGGAACUGAAUAUGUUAUUGCAAAUAUACACUUAAAAAUA